GACGAAUUUUGGCAUCAAUAAGGGCUUAACCGCUUAAGGCCAUCAGCUACAAAAAUACUACGUAGAAUUAAAGGUGCUACUUCAGUUUAGGGUUCUUCCGAGAAUUUGGGGAUUUACAAAAUUUAGGGAUUCGCAAUCAAUCCAGACAGUGUACAAUUCAAUCAAUCUCCAACGAAAUGAUACGACCAAUUUAAUCGAUUCACUGAAACAAUUUCCUCUUCAGAUGAUGGCAGUUAUGGAAGAUAAUCAGCAGGAGAUGAAGGAGAGAGAAAUCGAUCAAAGUACGAUCAAAGACGACAACGACAAUGGCAACGAUAACAGUAUAACAAUGGCGACGAUGAGUCGGAAGGAGAAGAGGAAGGCAUUGAAGAAGAUGAAGAGGAAGCAAGUGAGGAAGGAGAUUGCGAAGAAGGAGAGAGAAGAGGAGGAAGCUCGAUUGAAUGAUCCUGAAGAGCAGAUGAGAUUGCUGCGGUUGGAGCAAGAGGAAGCGGAGAGAAUGGCGAGGGAGCGCAUGGUGUUUGAGGAGAGAGAGAGGCAGUUUCUUCGAGCAUUGGAGAUGGAGAGGAAGAAGCAGGAGGAGGAAGAAGAGGAGCGGCGUAAACUCGAUGAGGAUUCAAAGAAAGAGCUGGCUAAUAAUGAGAAUGCUAGUGAGGCGAAUGAAGAUGAUGAUUGGGAAUAUAUAGAAGAAGGACCAGCAGAAAUAAUAUGGAAAGGAAACGAGAUAAUUGUUAAGAAGAAAAAAAUCAGGGUGCCCAAGAAAGCUCCUGAGAUUCUAAAAGAAAAUCAGGUAAUUGAUGUGGAUAAUAAGUUGGCACUUUUGGGUUUGGCAAAUAGUAUCAAUCCUAAAGUGUUAAGAACUUUUCAGGAAAGUGAAAGACCAAUAUCGAACCCUCUUGCUCCCCAGUCUGAAGCCUUUGAAGAUUAUAGGAGUGCAAAAGAGGUUCUAGAAAGUGUUGCACAACAAGUUCCCAACUUUGGAACUGAGCAGGAUAAAGCACAUUGCCCUUUCCAUCUAAAAACUGGGGUUUGUCGCUUUGGAGCACGGUGUAGCAGAGUUCACUUCUACCCAGAUAAAGCUUGUACAAUACUUAUUAAGAAUAUGUACAAUGGUCCUGGUCUUGCUUGGGAGCAGGAUGAAGGGCUUGAGCAUACGGAUGAGGAGGUAAAGCAGAGCUUUGAAGACUUUUACGAGGAUGUUCAUACAGAAUUUUUGAAGUUUGGAGAACUUGUGAACUUCAAGGUGUGCAAAAAUGGUUCUUCCCAUUUGCGGGGUAAUGUAUAUGUACAUUAUAAGUCAUUGGAAUCAGCUAUGCUUGCAUACCAGUCUACCAAUGGUCGAUAUUUUGCUGGGAAACUGCUGACCUGUGAAUUCAUUAAUGUGACAAGAUGGAGGGUUGCUAUUUGUGGGGAGUAUAUGAAGUCAAGGUUCAAGAGUUGUUCCCGGGGAUCAGCUUGCAACUUUAUCCAUUGUUUCCAAAAUCCUGGUGGAGAUUAUGAAUGGGCUGACUGGGAUAAACCAGCCCCGAGGUACUGGCUUAAGAAGAUGGCUGCUUUAUUUGGAUACACUGGUGACGAUUUCACGGAUGAAGUUGGUCUGAGGCACCAUUCAAGAAGUUCAAGGUCCAGAGGUUUAGACAGCCCUCAAAGGAAAAGCUUAUCUGAUGAAGAUGAUGGUUACAAGAGAAGGCGCAGAAGGCACAGUCCGCACAGAAGAGAUGGCAGAGAGACCAGCAAUCUUGACAAGGAGAUGCAAGAAGAAAGAAGAACCUAUCUAGAUCAUCGUUGUACUGAUAAUUUUGAUGUAUCAGAGGGGAGCACUGAUGGUCAUAGAUCUGUCGUUGGCAUGAAGAGAAGCUCGAAAAAGAGGGAAAGGGAAGGACUCUCAGCAGACCAAGACAACAAGAAUAGAAAAAUUGAAGCUAUAAAAAUGUACCAUUCAAGGAGACCAAGGUCUAGGGGUUUAGACAGCCCUCAUAGGAAAAGCUGUUCUGAUGAAGAUGAUGGUUACAAAAGAAGGCGCGGAAGGUACAGUCCGCACAGAGGAGAUGACAGAGAGACCAACAAUCUUGACAGGGAGAUGCAAGAAGAAAGAAGAACCUGUCAAGAUUCUCGUUUUGAUAAAUCAGAGGGGAGCACUGAUGGUCAGGGAUAUGUUGCUAGCAUAAAGAGAAGCUCAAAAAAGAGGGCAAGAGAGAGAUUGUUUACAGACCAAGACAACAAAAGUAGAAAAGUUGAUGCUACUUCUUCCAAAGGCGAGACUGCAGAGGGAGGAGUAAGUGACAGAUACCAUAAACACAAGAGUAGAAGCUCAAGUAGGCAGAACGGAGUUGCAGAGUCAGCUCGUGAAUGUCGCCACAAUAAAGUUGACAAAUCUGAUGUGGGAAAGAGUCCUUAUGGAGAAAAGAAUCAUGAUGAAUUUCAUAGGUAUAAAGAUAAACAUGUCACUGCAACGAAAAAUGAGGCAGCCUCCUUAAAUUAUAACUCUCAUGGUGAUAGUCAGGACAAUGAGGAAGAUGAACACAGUCGUAGUAAGGAAAAAUCAAGGACAAUGAAAGAUGAAGCAGAAUCAUCCAGCAGUGCUUCUCAAUGUUCUGAUGAUAGUAGGCUUGUAAAGGUCGAAAAGAGGCAACAAAAGAAAAGAAGGAAAAGUUCGAGGUUUAAGGAUAAGACAUGUGCCAAAAAGGAUGUAAGAAAAAGCUCAAGGCUAAAGAAACAGUCAGGCUCUACAGAGACAGAGAGUGAUGGUGAUGAUGAUAGACACUAUAGACAUAGUAGACAACAUUCAAGACACGUGAUAAAUGAUGUAGAAUCAUCAGAUGGAGAUAAGCUUGGCAGGUAUGAGAGAAGAUCUUACAAGAGUCGGAGAACAAGGUCUAGGUCCAAGUCCAAGAAAGAGUCGGAUCUUGCAGAUACAAAUAGAGAUAUGUCACAAGAGUCAGCACCUGAAAGAGACCACAAAAGGCCUGAUGAAGAACGUAUGUUACAUGUUUAUAGAAGUGAUGAGGAAGCUACUGCACCUGGAAUGGUGGCAACUAGUUUGGGGCAUACCAGCUCUAAGGGCAUUGAUAAUGAGGCGAAAGCUGAGCUUGAAAAGGCUUGUCGUCUUGCUGCUUUGAAGAAGUUGGAAGAGAUCAGAAUGAAGAAAGAUACUCAGACUUCACACAGUAUGGAGCCUAUUGAAAGUUUGAAAAUUUGCACAAAAGAAAAUUCACAUGGUAGAGUCCUGGAGAAAGCUGAUUCAAGUAAAGUGGAAUUAUGUGAAACUUCUAUAAAGAGGAGAAGGAUUUAGUUUACAAUGAGGUCAGUAAAUUUUCAGGUUAAUAAUUUGCGCCCUUUUGUUGCCGGCAAAUAUCUGAAUAUCGUAAAACAUUCUACAUAAUGCUGUAAAGUAGAGCAAGAAAGGUAUGCUAUUGCCAUCAGAUGCAUGUCUAGAUGCUCGUGUAUUUUGCAGAAACGAAGUAUCGGCAUUCUUCAGGUGUAUGUCUCCAUUGAUGAUGGUUGUGUGAAGUUUUCAUUUUUGUGUAAAGUUAAAGUUUAUCUUGUAUAUACUUCAUACACUUUAAGGGUUGUUUGAGAUAGAAUAUGGAAGAAAUUUUGUUCAUUCCAAUAUGGUAAAAAAUGCGUCUCGUUAAUGGUUCUUAUUAAACCUUAAAUGAGAGCGUCUGUCCUACAUCAUCCCAUUCCCCACA